AUGGCUGCCCCCGUGAGGAAGUUGUUGUACGGUGCAGUACGGAGUUUGGAAUGUCCUUGGCGUCUGCGGACUCUUUGUGUGGCAGCCGCUGCUGCUACUCCCGGCAGGAGCACAGCCUCCCCAAGCGUCGGGUCUCCGUGGCGUCUACUCGGGGCGUUGUGCCUGCAGAGGCCCCCGGUUAUCUCGCAGCCUCUGACCCCGCUGCAGGUGGAGAUGGCCGAGCUGUUGCAGCAGAUUGAGGUGGAAAAAAGCCGCUAUUCAGAUCAUGAGAUUCGUGCCUUGGAAGAAGCCCAGAGACUAGAAAGGAAGAAAGCUGACAUUUAUGACUCUGAUGAUGAUGAUGAAAAAGACAUUUUGUUGGUACAAGAUUUGGAAGACACAUGGGAACAGAAAUUCUUGCAAUUCAAACCUGAACCUCGGGUAACAGAAGCUGAUAAAAAGAACGACCGAACCUCAUUGCACAGGAAGUUAGAUCAGAACCUGGUACUGUUGGUCAAAGAGAAACUAGGAGAUCAGGAAACGUGGGUACUACCAUAUGCAGAAUGGCAGGUUGGGGAGACCCUUCGUGGAACUGCUGAGCGGGCCCUUGCCACUCUCUCACAAAAUAACGUGGAAGCCAAAUUCCUAGGAAAUGCACCCUGUGGCUAUUACAAGUUUAAGUUUCCCCAAGCUUUUCGGACAGAGAACAGCAUAGGAGCCAAAAUGUUCUUUUUCAAAGCUUUACUACAAAGUGGAAAUCUCUCUCAAGCUGGGAAGAAGAUCGAUCAUGCUUGGGUCAGCAAGGAGGAGCUAGGUGACUACUUGAAACCAAAAUACUUGGCACAAGUUAGGAGAUUUUUUAUGGACAUCUGAUGGAUACACUUGUCCUUGGACAGACAUUUGGACUAUGAGCAAGAGGAUGUGGCUGUAUUGACAUGUGUGGAUCAUGAUAAAAUAAGCUUAGCAUUGAUAAAUAAACCAGUUUCCUACCUUUGUCUGA